AAAAGCUCUUAAAGAUCAAACUGGGUUAUUUUGCUGAUGGGAAAACCAAAGUUCAAGCAAGGGAGUGGACUUUUCAAAAUCACAUGGCAAAUGAAUGAAAAAGAAACCUUGAUUUCCUGAUUCUCACCCAAAGUUAAGUAUCUGUAGUUUACUCAGUAGACCCCAUGCCUAAUGCCUGUUUCAUUGGGAAUUUUGCCCUUGAAUGAAGUUUCAUUGUUUCCUCUGUUUGUGCCUUCAGUGGAGCUGGAAGAGAAGCUAGAACCCACUGGAAAUCCUGGAGCUUUCCUCAAAUCUCCCUAUUUGGGAUCCUAGCUUCAUGGUCUGGCUCCUUGACUUCAGUGGAAAAAGGGAGUUCAAGCUCCAAGAAGAGCAGGGAGAACACACUGGGACAGGAGGGAAAGAAGAGGAUUGAGAUGACCACAGCCACCCCUUUGGGGGACACCCCCUUCUCAUUGAACGUGACCACGAGGGGAGAAGACUUUCUGUAUAAGAGUUCUGGAGCCAUUGUUGCUGCCAUUGUGGUGAUUGUCAUUAUCAUAUUCACUGUGGUUCUGAUCUUGCUGAAGAUGUACAACAGGAAAAUGAGGACAAGACGGGAGCUGGAACCCAAGAGCCCCAAGCCAGCCUCCCCUCCUGUCCCUGACACAAGCAGCAACAGUAGCCAACACCCAGGAACUGUGACCUUCAACCCUGUUGACAUCCACGUGGAGACUCGGUGACCCCCAGUCUAGUGCUCACUUGGUCAUAGCCUAUGGAGCCUUCUACAGUUGAGACCAAGGAGUACUUUCGCCCCUGGCAGCUUCCCUAUGAUUCCCCUCAGUCAGAUCAACAAAAGCAUCAUCAAUCCCUGUUGCUUCACACAACCCCCAACCCUGCCCUGCCCUGCCCCGCCCUGCCCCACCCCAGUAACUUUAUCCUUAUCCUUGCUGCCAUCCUAUCAAAAAGCUGUGGAACAUUCCUUUGUUAUCUGAUGAAGCAGACCUAUGUUGGGAAUCCACCUGUGUGGAUUUGGUUCCACACCACCACCAAACACCACAGCUAGGCAGACAGAGUGCUGGAGUCUUUGGUCAGGAGUUGGGGGUUAGGGCAAUCUCCCUAGAGUGUUAAAACUGGGUCUGCCAUUGAAGUCAUACCAAAAUAAGGGCUGUGGCUCUUUAGAACAAAACAUUCAAUUCAAUAACCAGGCACAAAGGAACUAACUUGAACUAAAUAGCCCCCAAACCAACUUGUUAAUUUAUAACUUGUUCCAGUACUAGAUGGCCAUUAGUUAGCUCAUAACAAUUGGUUAAUAUAUCUUUCCCUCUUUAUGAAUGGUUACAGAAGCACUGUUAAAAUAGCUCAGUUGGAUAGUGCUUUGCUUUGUCAUGUGUGUGAUCCAGUUUUGAGCCCAGCCCCCGCCUCAUUGAAGGAAGCUUUAGUGCUGUGGUCUCUCUCUUUCUCUGUCUAUCUCUAAAGAGGAGAAGGAGGAAGAGUUACAAGAGACCAGAGAGACAGCUCACCAGGUACGGGUGUGCUUGGCCAUACUUUCAGCCUAAAUUUGAGUCCCAUUACCAGAGGAAACUAUGGUGACAUAAUAUCUCUGUCUCUCUAAAUGAAAAAAUGGCCCACAGCAGUAAAAUCUCUCAUAUGUGAAGUACCAACUGAAAAAAAAAAAGUUUCAACUUCAUUACUAAAGAAUCAGAUUAGGAGGGACAGGGUGACCUUGAAGACUAGUGGUUUCUAGGGCAAAAGAUAGUUGUAUUGGCAAAAAUCCUAGGACAAGCCACUGACUAGUAAACAUCUGUCUUCCUCCUCCAUCUGUCUGUCUGGGGCUGAAUUACCCCUGACUCAAUCCAAUUUCUUGGUUCCCCUUGAAAUCUGAGCAAACCUCGCUUUCUAGUUCACACAUUACCUCCAAAGUAUUUGGAUAUUGAUUAGAUUACACCCUAUACCUAUCUUACUUAUGCCUUUUCUGGCCACCUUGCAGAGAUCAGGACAGAUUCAAAGUUCAAAUCAUUCUCUACAAGGAGUUAAAAUCUUUGAUUCUUUAGCCAGAAGAACAAUCUACUGAGAGAGAAAAGCAUUUGCCAUUGAAGAAACAAAGGAAAGAGAAAGAAGGUAAAAAAAAAAAAAAAAAAGAAAAGAAAGAAAGAAAUAGAAUGAAUAAACCUGCCCUUGCAAACCCAUUUCCUGGUUGUGUGACCUUGGAAAUGUGACUCAACCUCUCUGUUUGGUUUCCUUUCUCUGAAGUAGUGAUGAUAACACCUGCCUCUCUGGUUACAAUACAAGUCAAGGGCUGAGGAAAGUGGCAGGUAGUGCCAGGCACUCAGCAGAUUCUCAAUGACUGAGAGCCAACAUUACUAGUAUGAUAUUUGUUCAACUGCAAAACAUGUAUUUGUUCAUAUUCUAAUGAUACCGGCAUUAGAAUCUGUUUUAAAAUUGAUAGGUUUGUUGAUGUCAUUGUAAUGCUUUCCCUUCUCAAAAAGCUGCUUUGUAAUCACUCGUGCAUCUGACAAUUGGAAACAUGUAAUAAAUACUUUGGCUGUCAUAGAAAGUGACACACUUGGGCUGGGGAAAUAAAAUAAUGAUUAUGCAAAAAUUUUCAUACCUGAGGCUCUAAGGUUUCAGGUUCAAUCCCAGCACCACCAUAAGUCAGAGCUGAACAGUGCUCUGUAUCUCUCUCAUUAAAAUAAAUAAAAUAUGAAAGAAAGAAAUAAGGGGAAAGAGAGAGAGAUUCUAAUAUUUAAAUUUAAAUUCUAGGACUCUUCCUUGUGGGUUCAGAGAUCUUUGCUGAGAUGAAACUGAGGGUCAGAAAAUUCGAUGAGAGACUUUUGUUCACAUAGCUCACACUAUCUCACCCUAAAAAUACUCCCUUGAAGGAGUCGGGCAGUAGUGCAGUGGGUUAAGCCACGUGGCGCAAAGGGCAAGGACCUGCGUAAGGUUCAAGCCCCGAACUCCCCACCUGCAGGGGCGUCACUUCAUCUUUCUGUCCCCUUCUCUGUCUUCCCCUCCCCUCUCCAUUUCUCUCUGUCCUAUCUAACAACGAUGACAUCAAUAACAACAAUAAUAACUACAACAACAAUAAUUUUUAAAAAAAGACAACAAGGGUAACAAAAGGGAAAGUAAAUAAAUUAAUUAAAUAAAAUAAAAAAUACUCCCUUGAUUAGGUUUGGAGAAAUACUAGCAAAUUCUUCCUCAUAUAUUUCUUCUGCCUGUACCAGACACUUUGUAAAGUGUUUUCACGUGUUAUUUCAUAACCUUUUUCCAUGUGUGAUGAGACUUUCAGGUUCAAAGGUCACAUACUUAGCAAGUUACAAAGACAAGACUCAAUGUGGACCCCUUGAGUCCAUACUCCACUUUCUCUUGUGACUAAAUUGGAGGAUGACAGGCUUGUUGUUUGAGUGUUGGUCAAGGCUCUAGUUUCCAAAGUGGACAAAACCUCCUUGAGUUUCGAAGAUUAAAAUAAUUCAAAUGCCAAGGAUUUCUGCUUCUUUUACCUAACCAUCUAGGACAAAGCAAGAAAAGAAAUGACACUUAACCAGGACGGAACCAUUUCUUUAAACACUCAUGCCCCAAAUAUAGAUAUUUUUCCCAAAUAUAUCCUGGUUUUUAACAAUUCACUUGAAAUGUUCCAACAUUAAAAUCAGAUGUCUGCCCAUGGUGGAAUCUUCCUGGAAUUACUAGAGAAGUUAUUCUCUAGCACAUGUCCUUUGGGGGAAAAAAAAUUAAUAUAUCAAACAAAACUUGGAGUUGGAGGAAAGAAAGGAGAGGAAGAGGAGGCGGAAAGGAAGGGGGGUUUAGGAGUUUUGUUUGUUGUUUUCUACUAAUGAAAAUAACACAGUAAGCAUCCUCUAAGGGCUUCUAAAUGCAAAUCAUGAUUCUACUAAAGGCAUUAAAUGAGCUGGUCACCUGUGAUAAGGAUCUUGCAAAAUGCUGUUAUGUAUUUCAUUUCUUCAUGUGUUUCCUAACUGAACAGAUGCUACCAUAUUGGGCCACUGAAUCAAUUAAAAAUGUUUAAUGCUUAAAAUAAAAUGUUUAAAAAUUAAAAAAAAACUUUAAACAAG